AUGUCCGUAAUUUUAAAAGAUCUAAACGACUAUAUUGCACCUUCCCAAGCAUGCAUAAAACCUGUUGAAGUUAAUAAAACCGCAACUGAUAACAACAAUGUAAUCAAAAUAGAUGAUUCUGGUGGAUAUUAUGAAGUUUCCCAAGAUGGUAGUGAAACAAAACUUCAAACAGCUAGUAUUACUUUAGACGAUUGUUUAGCUUGCAGUGGUUGCAUUACCUCUGCAGAAAGCGUUCUCAUCACAAUGCAAACACAUGAAGAAUUAUACAAUGUUCUAAAAAGUAAUCAACAAGCUAUACAAGAAGGAAAACCAGAAAAAUUGAAAACUGUAGUGGUUUCAAUUGCACCUCAAUCCAGAGCUUCUAUUGCUGCUACGUAUAAUUUAACACCGUUACAGGUGGCUAAACGUUUAACUUAUUUUUUCAAAUUACUGGGAGUAGAUUAUGUUUUUGAUACAUCUUUUUCACGGGAUUUUUCAUUACUUGAAAGUGCUCAAGAAUUUGUCGAACGUUAUCUUGAACAUCAAAGAAAUCAAAAUUCAUCACCAUUAUUAGUAAAUAAUGAAAAUAAUGAAUCCAAAAAAAUUAGUAGAAUAAAACAUGGAGAAAAGAAUGGAGAAUAUCAACCUAAAUCAAAUGAUUCAAAUGAUUCACAUUUACCAAUGUUGGCUUCAUCUUGUCCAGGAUGGGUAUGUUAUGCUGAAAAAACUCAUGGAUUUAUCUUGCCAUAUAUAAGUAAAACCAAGUCACCACAACAAAUUAUGGGUUUAAUUGUCAAAGAUUAUUUUGCUAAGAAACUGGGUGUCGCGCCAAAUAAUAUUUAUCACGUUGGUGUUAUGAUGUGUUAUGAUAAAAAAUUAGAAGCAUCAAGACCAGAUUUUUUUAAUGAGGAUUACCAAACGCGUGAUGUUGAUUGUGUGAUUACAACUGGAGAAUUAAAUAAAAUGUUUCAAGAACAAAAUUAUGAUAUCAAAGUUAGUCCAGAAUCUUUCUUAGACUCUUUUACUAAGACCACUCAUGAUGGUCAACUAUUAGGGUCCGCAGGAUCUGCAUCGGGAGGAAAUUUAGAGUUUAUUCUUGAAUAUUCUGCACGAGAAUUAUUUGGCAUAACUGGAGUUGAUGUAGAUAAGGAAAAAGGUGUAAUAAUUAAAAUUGGGCGAAAUAAGGAUUUCAAGGAAUUUACACUUGAGGUUGACAAAAAACCAGUUUUAAAGUUUGCAUCUGCCUAUGGCUUUCGAAAUAUACAAAAUCUUGUUAGAAAGAUUAAAAGUGGAAAUUCCCCAUAUCACUAUGUUGAAGUUAUGGCAUGUCCUUCUGGAUGCAUAAAUGGAGGUGGUCAAUUAAAACCAAGUGAAAAUAUACCAAUUAAAAAUUGGAUUGCUGAAGUAAAUAAUAUAUAUAAAUCAGUUGAUUCACAGUCACCUGAACAAAAUGAAGUUGUUUUGAACCUCUACAAUGAAUGGCUUGAAGGGCAAGAUUCAUCAAAAUGUAAAGAAAUUCUCCGUACACAAUAUCACGCUGUCAAAACAACUUUAGUCAAUCCUUUGAUUGUUAACUGGUGA